AUGAAGCAAGACACAACUCAGCACCAAAGCGACAGUGCCAUUGCGCCUGUUCCUUCCGAAGUCCCUGCUGAGCACCAGGAGGGGGAUAAAGAAACAAACAAAUGGGCAGGCACAAUAUCAACCUACAUCGAUGAGAAGACCAACAAAGAGCUAUUUUGGAUUGUAAACCGCCGAAUUCUUGCCUGCAUGCUAGGCACCUAUUUCUGUCAGUCUCUUGACAAGGGUACUUUGGGGUUUGCCUCUGUCAUGAACAUCAGAGAAGACGCCAACCUUGUAGGCCAACAGUUCAGGACUGCUAUGUGGUACACCAAGAGAGAGCAGUCUAUUUUGACUUCCCUUUGGUACUGUAUGACUGGAGUUCAGUUGAUGGUCGGUGGCAUCAUUGCCUGGGGUGCUUCCCACUAUGUCGGUCACGACAUAAAGUCAUGGCAGCUUCUUUUCCUCGUGUUGGGAGCCGCUACUUGUGUCUGGGGUUUGUUCAUAGGAUGGUGGCUCCCUGAUUCCCCCAUGGCUGCGAAGUGUUUCAACGAAGACCAGAAGCGCCUGAUGAUCGAGCGAGUGCGCGCCAAUGAGACCGGUAUCCAGAACAAGACAUACAAACGCUAUCAGAUGAUCGAGGCCAUUACUGACCCUGUAGUCUGGUGCUACAUCAUGCUACAGGUCACCUCGACUCUCAUUAUUGGUGGCCUCGGCGUAUUCUCCAACCUGAUCAUUGCCUCUUUCGGCUUCACCUACCUCCAAACGCAGUUGUUGAACAUUGCACAGGGUGCCGUUACCAUCAUCGUUAUGGUCGGCAGUGCCUCCCUCGCAACUUGGACGAAGCAGACUGCCUGGGUAAUGCAUGCUUGGACAAUCCCCGCCAUCAUCGGCACAGCUGUAAUCUACAGCAUCCCGCCGUCCCCCACGAACCGAAUCGGCCUCCUAAUUGCCUUCUACUGCACCCAAUUCUAUCUAGCUGAGGGCAAUCUCAUCUUCUCUCUUAUCUCCCGCAACAUCGCUGGCCAGACAAAGAAGUCGACAACCCUAGCCAUGACUUUCAUCGGCUGGGCCGCAGGCAACAUGACAGCGCCCCAAAUAUUCCAGUCUAGCGACGCACCCCGCUACCGCAAGGGCUUCACCGCCCACUUCUGCCUCUACGUCCUUUUCAACCUCUUCCUCGCCCUCAUGCGGUUCCUCCUCAUCCGCCGUAACAUAUCCAAGCGCAAGGCCGCCGUCGCUGCGGACCCUUCCGGUCUCGCGGCCGAGGAGAUCUCUGAAGACGACAAGGCUGCAUCGGCUGGCGUUAGGGGGUCUGAUGAGAAGAUUGAGCACUCCAAUGCUUUUGCGGAUUUGACGGACAAGGAGAACCCUGACUUCCGGUAUGAUUUUUAA